CGGAUUUGCGGAGCUGGGUUUUAACUACUGAUAACAAAUUUAUGUUAUCAGCACACAAAGCUACAGCACUGUCAGUGAUAGCUUAGAUUCUACUUAUCUUAUAAAUAGAUGUUAUCGUAUCAUCAAGAUCUUUCUUCCAAUAUCACAAAUUUCUUUUAUGUUGGUCGAAAAGCAAGACGCACAGUCAAUACCACUUCCGGAUCCAGAAUAUAAUGACCCAACAGAUAUCUAUCCUCCAGUAGAAGAUCUGUGUACCAAACGACCUAACUUUCUGAGUCGUGCCAAACAUCAGAUUACGACCUUUGAUGGCUGGUUUGGUGAUUACGAUUAUGCAGCUCUAUGCUUACCAAGACUUCCCUUUCUGAAAAGAAAAGCAAAACCAUCUAUAUUCUAUGGACCUGAUGACCCAGUGCCCAUAGCGGUAGCAUUUCUAAUGGGAAUCCAGCAUUUUUUGGCUGUUGUUGCUGGCAUAAUCACACCUACAAUCAUCCUUUCGGGAGAAGGCAGUAAUAACCUGAAUUUAGAUGAAAGCACACGCCAAUUCAUGGUCUCUGUAUCUCUUAUUGUCUCUGGACUAAUGAGUAUUAUACAAAUUGUAAGAUUCAAGAUACCCAAGACUCGAUUUUAUUUUGGCAUCGGUUUACUACAAAUUGCAGGUGUUGCAUUCGCUAAUAUGCCAGCAUCCCAAGCUUUAGUGGGCAAUAUGUACAAAAAUGGUCAAUGUCCUAUCGAAACACUGUCUGAUGGUACAAUUAAGUAUCUGCCUUGUCCCGACGCAUUUGGUGCAAUCCUUGGUACACAAAUGCUAUGUGCGCUUCUUAACAUUGCUAUCAGCUUUCUGCCUCAUCGUAUUCUCAGAAAAAUGUUUCCCAAGAUAGUAACAGGCACGGUGCUUGUCGUUAUCGGUGCUUCUUUGAUUACUACAGCGAUGAAGAAUUGGGCUGGUGGAACUGGGCCCUGUAUGAGCCGUCCAUCGUCUGGUGAAUAUCAGCUUUGUCCCAACAUUUAUGCUCCUCGUGCUCAAGCCUGGGGAAGUCCUAUCAAUUUUGGUAUUGGCCUUGCUGUCUUUGGUUCAAUUGUCCUUAUUGAGAUUCUAGGUUCAGUUUUUCUAAAGAACAUAUCCGUCGUAGUGGGGCUUGUUGUGGGCUGUAUUAUUACAUCCUGUCUUGGCAUGUUUGAUACAUCAACAAUAGCUUCUGCACCUGCGGCUACAUUUCUUUGGGUCAAGACAUUUAAAUACAGCAUUUACCCUCCUGCAAUCAUUCCCUUUUUGUUUACAUGCCUAGACAUGAUGAUAGAAUGUCUUGGAGAUCUUACAGCAGCCAGUGAUCUUUCCGGCUUACCAAUCGAAGGCCGACCAUUUGAAGAACGCAUGCAAGGUGGCCUCCUGUGUGACGGCGUGAGCAUUAUAUUGUCCGGCCUCUGCUCCACAAUGGGCGUUAUUACCUAUAGCAACAACAACGGUGUUAUCGCGGUAACCCAGUGCGCAAGCCGUGCAGCUGGACUUGUAUGCGCCUUUUUGUUAAUCCUUUGUGGCGUAUUCUCCAAAAUCUCUGCUGGCUUGCUAGCUAUUCCUAACCCAGUUAUAGGUGGUAUGACUCUCUUCAUUUUCUCAUCUGUUGGUGCCUCAGGUGUGCGUAUUCUUGGUUACCUUGAUUGGACACGGCGAGAUCGCGUUAUCGUGGCAGCUUCAUUGGCAGUGGGUCUUGGAGUUACUUUAGUCCCUAACUGGUUUAACUACGUCAUGCCUACAACUACAAAUGAAGCAGCUCAAGGAUUCUAUGACUCGAUCAAUACCAUUGUCGAGACUGGCUACAUCAUGGCAGGUAUCAUAUCUAUCGUCCUUAAUGCAAUUCUCCCAAAUGAUGUCAAAUCAAUCGCACAAGAUAAUUUGUCUGAACGGUCGCUUAGUGGCUCAAGUCGCUUGUACUAUGAAGAGAAGAACCAUAAGAGCAGUAGUGCGUGAAAAUGUAUCAAAAAAAAACUACAAUUACAAAUAACCCGUAUAAAUAAUAAAACAAGUAAAAAUUAGUGGAUAUUCUGUUAAUGCUAUUGUAUCUCAUUUUGAUGCCAAGGAAUACAUCAAUGUUGCUGGCUUUCUUUUAC